UUUGUGGCCUGCAUGACAGCAAUCCUGGACCAAAUGAAUAAUCAGCAUUAUUCUUCAUACAUUGAAACUUUUCAGACGAGCUCAGAAUUAGUGGACUUUUUGAUGGAAACUUUCAUAAUGUUUAAAGAUCUGAUUGGAAAAAACGUUUACCCCGUGGAUUGGAUAGCAAUGAGCAUGGUGCAGAACAGAGUAUUUCUGAGAGCCAUCAACAAAUUUUCUGAGACUAUGAACCACAAGUUUCUGGAAAACAUGAAUUUUGAAGAGCAACUCUGGAACAACUAUUUUCAUCUUGCAGUGGCUUUUAUCACCCAGGACACCUUGCAGCUCGAGCAAUUCUCCCAUGGUAAAUGCAUUAAGAUCCUGAACAAAUAUGGAGACAUGAGACGUUUAAUUGGUUUUGCUAUCCGUGACAUGUGGUACAAACUUGGACAGAAUAAGAUCCGCUUUAUUCCAGGAAUGGUUGGACCUAUCUUAGAAAUGACCCUGAUCCCUGAAGCUGAACUGCGGAAAGCCACCAUCCCAAUAUUCUUUGACAUGAUGUUAUGUGAAUAUAAACAUACUGGUGAAUUCAAAAAGUUUGAAAAUGAAAUAAUUUUAAAAUUGGAUCAUGAGGUAGAAGGAGGUCGUGGAGAUGAACAAUAUCUGCAUUUGUUUGAGGCAAUACUCACCGAGUGCUCUUCAAGCUUUCCUAAGAUUGCCAAGUCAGUUGAAAUGUUUGUAAGCCUAAUAAAAGGUCUUUUGGAAAAACUACUGGAUUAUCGCGCUGUAAUGAAUGAUGAAAGCAAGGACAAUCGUAUGAGUUGCACUGUGAAUUUAUUGAAUUUCUACAAGGAAAUUAAUCGUGAAGAAAUGUAUAUAAGGUAUCUGUAUAAACUUCGGGACCUUCAUUUAGAUUCUGAGAACUACACUGAAGCUGCAUAUACCCUUCUGCUGCAUGCGUCCCUUCUGAAGUGGUCUGACGAACACUGUACUCCUCAAGUCAUGCAAACAGAAUUUCAAAGUUCACAAACACACCGUCAUCUGAAAGAGCACCUAUAUGAGAUGAUAAUAGAAUAUUUUGACAAAGGAAAGAUGUGGGAAGAAGCAAUAGGCUUGUGCAAAGAACUAGCAGAACAAUAUGAAAUGGAAAUUUUUGAUUAUGAACUUCUAAGCCAAAACUUGAUUCAGCAAGCCAAAUUCUAUGAAAACAUCAUGAAAAUUCUGAGACCUAAACCAGAUUAUUUUGCGGUUGGAUAUUAUGGCCAAGGUUUCCCCACAUUCCUAAGGAAUAAAAUAUUCAUUUACCGAGGCAAGGAAUAUGAGCGGAGGGAAGACUUUCAAGCACAACUGAUGAGCCAUUUCCCAAAUGCUGAAAAAAUGAAUACUACUGCACCCCCUGAAGACAAACUGAAGAAUGCUGCUGUUCAAUAUUUACAAUGCUUCACUGUGCAGCCAGUUUUGGAGGAACAUCCUCAAUUCAAAAAUAAGCCAGUGCCUGAUCAAGUAAUCAAUUUUUAUAAAUCUAACUAUGUGCAAAGAUUCCACUAUUCAAGACCAACCAGAAAAGGAUCAGUUGACCCUGAAAAUGAAUUUGCUUCUAUGUGGAUUGAGAGAACAUCCUUUACUACAGCUUAUAAACUCCCUGGAAUCUUGCGUUGGUUUGAGGUUGUCUCCAUGUCACAGACUACAAUUAGCCCCCUGGAGAAUGCCAUUGAAACAAUGUCCAUGACAAAUGAGAAGAUUCUGGCAAUGAUCAAUCAGUACCAAAGUGAUGAGAACCUUCCCAUUAAUCCUUUGUCCAUGCUUCUGAACGGAAUUGUUGAUCCAGCAGUCAUGGGAGGGUUUGCUAAGUACGAGAAGGCUUUCUUCACAGAUGAAUACACUAGGGAUCACUCAGAGGAUCAGGAGAAACUAAACAGACUCAAAGACCUGAUUGCUUGGCAGGUUCCGUUCCUUGCAGCUGGAAUUAAGAUUCAUGAAAGAAGAGUAUCAGACAGCCUUCGUCCUUUCCAUGAACGUAUGGAGGAAUGCUUCAGGCACUUAAAAGUUAAAGUAGAGAAACAAUAUGGAAUCAGAGAAUUGCCGGAUUUUGAUGACAGGCGGUUUGGCCGACCAACAUCUAUGCUGAGAUCGUAUCGUCAGAUGUCAAUUAUUUCAAUGUCCUCCAUGAAUUCUGACUGCAGUACACCAAACAAAAUUGCUGUAGAAAGCUUUGAACUCGAAGUCAUGUCACCCAAGGCAACCGAAUCUGUGUCAGAAGAAAAUGGCCGUCUGAUAAGCAGCCAGCCUGAAGUGAAAAUGAGGAAAGGCCGGAGGAGAGAAAAGAGAAGCAGCGUACUACUUCCAGACAAAAAAUCUUCUGACCUUCCUGAUAUGAAAUGUCUGUCAAGAAAAUAUGAAUUUAUGAGUGAUACCAACCUUUCUGAACAUCUGGAUGUACCUCAGAAAACAUCUGUUCUUCUCAAGCAAAUGAGUUUUGCCAGCCGCUCUAUGCCAACCAUACCAGCUUUAACUCUAUCCAUAUGCUGUCCAACCCUGGAAGAAACAAAUGUGUCACAGAGAACCAGUCAGACAAGCAUUCCACCCAUCUUGGAAACAGAAAAGAAAACUCUAAAAAAGAAGAAAAUGAACCAGCUCUUCAAAACAAAAAUGAUGACUGCAUUACCAUGUUAA